AUGAACACAACUCGAGAAGGUUUUGGAAAGCUGGUUUGGGUGCCAGACGCCAAGCAUGGUUUUAAACUUUGUAAACUCCUCGACAUUGGUAGCGAGACGAUGACCGCUGAGCCAGUUGGCGGUGGGACAGCGGUCACUGCUCGAUAUGACGAAGUGUUUCCUGCAGAAGAGGACCUGAAGAAGGAUGUGGAUGAUAACUGUGAGGCUUAA